AUUCAGAGCAGCACUACAACAACCUCCUAAACCAUCGGCAAGACUGUCUGCUGAAGCUGUGAAGACCUGAAGGUGUAACCAUGCUGAGGGUAGCACUUGUGCUUGGAUGCCUCCUGAGCCUUGCUCUGGCUCUUCCUAUGGAGCGCAAACGACUUGCCCGAUCUUACUCUGGUGAUAGCUCUGACUCGAAUUCCAAUGAGGUUUACAGGCCAUGGUAUCCCACCUACCACCAACAGCCUAGUGCUCAAGACUGGCUCAACAUCUUGAAACUGUGGGCUAGAUUCUUCAAUCAACGAAUUACUACUCCCACUAAAGCACCUACUACUGCUAAACCUACUACUGCCAAACCUACUACUGCUAAACCUACCACUGCUAAACCUACUACUGCCAAACCAACUACUGCUAAACCUACUACUGCUAAACCUACUACUGCUAAACCUACUACUAGUGGUUUACAGCCCAUCCCAGGAUGA